UGUCGGGAAAUAGCCGCCCUAACCGCACAACGCUUCCGAAAUUGUUUAAUAAUUAUUUAAUUUCAAUAAAAAUCGUAACAACAAUGGUCCUUGAGUAUUACCAGUGAAUUAUACUUUAUAACAAUACCGCUCAAGUGCAUAAAUAUUUGUAUUAAUUUAACAAACAUUCGAUCAAGUGCUUACCUAGAGCACGGUUAACUGCAUAUGUGCGCGUCGAUUACAGAAGUGGGUUUGCGCUGUUUGUUUAUCAAUAUAUAUUUUACUUUUUUGACAUAAUAGUUUAUGAAAAAAUGGACAACGAGAAAAGUACUAUGCUCGCGGUUCUGCAGCUGCUUAGGAAAUAUAAUCUGAAGGGGACAGAAGAGCUCUUCAAGAAAGAAGCAAAUUUGACAGAUAUCUCUCCGGAUGAAGCACAGCAGACUGACUCUGAAGUGAACAGUGUUCUGUCUGCUUACAAAAGCGAGGGAGAUCCUGCACUAUAUGAAAAAGCAUACAGCGAACUGAAAAAGUUUGUGGAAGGAUCUUUAGAUAUAUACAAGCAUGAAUUGGGUACAAUAUUGUAUCCAGUCUUGGUUCACAUGUACCUUGAAUUGGUCUACAAUAAUCAUUCGGAGGAAGCAAAGCAACUUCUGGAGAAAUGUGGUAGUAACUUGGAAGAAUACUAUCAGAAUGAUUUAAAAAGAUUAUCCAAUGUUACCAGACGCGAACAGAUGGCAGGCAAUGAGUUAACAGACACUUUUAAAUCCAAUCAGUUUAUAAUUAGAAUGUCAAGAGAUACUCUUUCAAUAUUGAAACGACACUUACAAGAAAAGAAACACAGCGUGUUGUUAAAUAUCAUACAAGAACAUCUUUAUUUUGAUAUGUACGAAGGAGUGGCUAGAAAUAAACAGCAAAUUGAUGCUACAUCAGGUGCUGUAGUUGGGGAAGCGACUAGACAAGAUAAUAAAGCAAAAGUGUAUUAUGGACUUCUGAAGGAGCCAGACAUUCAAUGCGUGCCUCCAACCGAGGAAGAGGAGGACGAUACAGGUGGUGCGGACGGAGACAAACCAAAAAAGAAAAAGGCUAAAAAAGAUCCUUUAUUUUCAAAGAAAACCAAAUCAGAUCCGAAUGCACCACCUGUUGGUAGGAUGCCUUUGCCCAAUUUAAAGGACGCCGAUAAAUUGGAGAAAGUAAAAGCACUUAGGGAAGCAUCGAAGCGUGUCGUACUUGGUCCAGAUACUUUACCUUCGAUAUGUUUUUACACGCUUCUGAACGCGAUCCAUACUGUGACAGCGGCAGAAGUGGCAGAGGACUCCAGUUUACUGGCCAUUGGAUUCAGUGACUCUAGUAUAAAAGUGUGGACCUUGAUUCCACAGAAAUUAAGACUGAUGAAGACUGGCGAACAAUUACAGGACAUCGACAGAGAAGCAGAUGACGUAUUAGUAAGAAUGAUGGAUGACCGUACAGCGGAAUCGUCGAGGUCACUUUUCGGGCAUAACGGUCCCGUGUACAGCUUGUCGUUCAGCCCAGACAGGAAUCUUCUUCUUUCGUCGUCGGAAGAUAGUACAGUUAGACUGUGGUCACUGCAUACAUGGACAUGUGUCGUGUGCUACAAGGGACACUUGUUUCCAGUUUGGUGCGUCAGAUUUUCCUCUCAUGGUUACUAUUUCGCGACAUCUUCGCACGACAAGACUGCCAGACUCUGGGCGACCGACUCCCAUCAGCCGCUUCGAAUAUUCGCUGGUCAUUAUUCGGAUGUAGAUGUAAUACAGUUUCACCCAAACUCGAAUUAUGUGGCGACCGGUUCCAGCGACAUGACAGUAAGAUUAUGGGACUGCGUAACCGGUAGCCAAGUCAGAUUAAUGACUGGACACAAAGCUCCGAUUUACUCCCUUGCUUUUUCCGCGGAUGGUCGAUUUCUAGCGUCAGCUGGAGCAGAUCACCGCGUUUUAGUUUGGGAUUUAGCGCAUGGCCACCUCGUCGCUGCUUUAUCCAGUCAUUCCGGUACUAUUCAUUGUUUGACGUUUAGCAGGGACGGCAAUAUAUUGGUCUCAGGAUCGUUAGACUCAACGAUUAAGUUGUGGGACUUUACGAAGCUCGCGGAGGAAAUGAGUUUAGAAGACGUGAACGUGUCUCAUAACCCAGACGUGAAAACGAACGCAGAGACGUAUCUUCUGAGGACUUUUCCAACGAAGAACUCACCUGUUCUGGCGCUACAUUUCUCUAGGAGAAACUUAUUGUUGGGCAUAGGCAUGUUCGAAUCAACGUAACCAACGCAGCUACUCUUCGUCGUUGAACUUCGCCAUUCCUGGUAGAAUACUGGUCUGGGCAUCGAUCAGUCGUCCUUGUAAUAUAGAAACAUUUGUUAAUAAAUUUUUUCAUAUUGAUUACGCUA